UCCGUCGACGCACGCGCGCCCGCCCCUCGCUCCACCAGCGGCGCGACCGUAAAGAGGCCCGGCGGUGUCGUGAACGGGGCCGCAACGCGCAGGGAGCUGGUUGACGGCCGGGCCUCCAUUUUGUUCGCGGCUGCUCUGCGCCCGACGCCGACCCUGCGGUCCCCGGAGGAGCGAGGAGGAUGCGGCCCCUGGACAUCGUCGAGCUGGCGGAGCCGGAGGAGGUGGAGGUGCUGGAGCCCGAGGAGGACUUCGAGCAGUUCCUGCUGCCCGUCAUCCACGAGAUGCGCGAGGACAUCGCGGCGCUGACGCGCGAGCACGGGCGCGCCUACCUGCGCAGCCGGAGCAAGCUGUGGGAGAUGGACCACAUGCUCGUGCAGAUCCAGACGCAGGUGGAGGCCUCGGAGCAGAGCGCGCUCAACCACCUGCAGGGCCCGGGCGCCGGCGCCGAGGGCCGCGGGGCGCGGCGCGGCGACCAGGCCGAGGAGAAGGCCCAGGAGGUCGCGAAGAUGGCCGAGAUGCUGGUGGCGCUGGUGCGGCGGAUAGAGAGAGCGAGUCGUCCUGAGCGGCCGGCGGUUUCCAGCCAGUGGAUUCCGGUCGACUGGUGGCGAUUGGCCGACGCCCUGGAGAAGCUGAAACCAGAGAGCCUUUUGUCCCCCCUCUUUCCUCCGUCUGCACUCUGUCCUCACUUACACUACGUUUCUGCUGUGGUCUGCGGUGGAUGACCUCAAUAUGAGUUUUGCCUGUGCGGUGUCUUUGUUUGGGGAGGUAACUUUGAGUUGGGAAACGCUCCGACACGGAAGUGGGCCUAGAUUGUGAGCUCCUGCAGCCGUCGCAUUGGUCCUGGGCUUUGGUUAUUUCUGAGUUUGGAGGUGCUUUGUUUGCUUUUUCCUUGUGCGACCCGAUAGCUCCCUGGGACCUGGGGUCUGUGUGGGACGCCAGACCCGGAGUUGGAGGUCUCCAGCUCUGCAGGACCGAGGGCUGCUGGCUGCGGGGAGAGGACUCCCUGCAGCAGCAGCUGAAGACGCUGAGGAAGGGACCAGACUUCCACCGGCCCGGCGGGGCUGAUCUGGCUGGGACUGGUGAAUCCGAAGGCGGCAGGUGGCAUUGCCUGUAUUUUGGGACUUGAAUUUCUUUCUGUGUGAGACCAAAGGAGGAGAGAUGUAUUUUGUUCAAAAUUUAAAUUUUAUGUGGCACACUAUCCGA